AUGCAAGGACUUGUCCGAGGAGUAAGAUCUUGCCAGGAAAUCCUCAGAGCUGCAAUUCUAAAGCAUCCCCAUGAGAGAAGAAACCUAUUAUCACGUCUUGGACGUGUUACCUCCUCGCUUCCAGUGCGAGAGAAAGGACUAGAGAAUCUUACAGUGGCAGAUGUACUGAUGACAAAGGGAGAAGAAAAAAUUGGCUCUUGGCUCCGGUGCCACACUACGGACACCGUUUAUGAUGCUGUGAAGAAUAUGGCAAAGAAUAACAUUGGGUCAUUGGUAGUCCUAAAGCCAGGAGAACAAGAAAUUAUUGCAGGAAUCAUCACAGAGAGAGAUUAUCUGAGGAAGAUAAUAGCACAAGGGAGAUCAUCGAAGUACACAAGAGUUGGCGAAAUUAUGACUGAUGAGAAUAAGUUAAUAACAGUGGCAUCUGACACAAAUAUUCUACAAGCAAUGCAGCUGAUGACAGACUAUCAUAUUCGGCAUGUUCCUGUCAUAGAUGGAAAGAUAGUUGGGAUGGUUUCUAUUGUAGAUGUGGUUCGAGCUGUGGUAGAGCAGCAAGGUGGAGAAUUGAAGCGGCUGAACGAGUUCAUUAAAGGAGAAUACUAUUAA